GAUGGGAUGACCACCAAUUCAGGUUGACAGAUCUUGGAUCCAUGUCUGAUCAGCCAGACUCCAAAUUCCUCAUGCCCAAGAAGGAAAUGAUCACAUCCAGCACCCCUGCAGGGAAGAUUCCCAUGUCUCUUGUGGCAUUUGCUCAAGCCACCAAACACCUGACUGUCACUCCUGUCAGUGAGGAGGAACAAGCAAAAGAACUGAAGAAUUUGGAAAAGUUGAAGGGAGACACUCCUCCUCAAUCACGUAAAUUGUACAGAACAGCGAAUGCAAUGCGGGAGAUGGUAAGGAAGGGUCGUGAGUGGAAAGAUCGCCAUCUUCAUCGUGAAGACAGUGGUCAGGGGCAGGAUGCAGAAGGGAAGGCAUCGAGUCUCAAAAAGCAUGACCUUGAAGAAGGUAAAGAAGACAAGGAAGGUGAUAAGAGGCUUGUCCAAGAUGAAACUGAUAUUCCUGUGUCUCAAGAAGAGAAUUUAAACAAGGAAGCACAGAGUGAGCAGGAUAUGGGAGUUCAGGGCUCCUCAAAGCUCUGGCUUGGCAAAGAUUAUUGCAACUUCAUUGUCAAGGACUUCGCUAGUCUUGAUACACCAUUCAGAGACCUGGUAGACAGAACAACAACUCCCCGCAUGCCAUGGCAGGACAUUGCUUUGAUGGUGGAAGGGAAGAGUGCAAGGGAUGUUGCUCGGCAUUUCAUUCAACGUUGGAAUGCAUGCAAGAAAGAGAAAGCUGCUAACAAUGACAGGUAUCCCUUACUUAUUCCCAAGAAUCAUGAAGUGGAUGAUUCUAUCCCUCCAAUACUUGACUCUCCUCCUUACACUGCUACUGUCCAGGUGUUGCGAAGCUCCGGCAAAUGGAGUGCUGGGAUGCGAGCUGAUGAGCAAAGCAUUCAUUUGGCCUAUUUGGAGGCCAUUGAUCAAGCCAAAUAUUUUAUUUAUAUUGAGAAUCAAUUCUUCAUUUCUCCUGGACCAAACCAAGGAGAGGUACAAAAUCGAAUAGGAGAUGCCCUCUUCCAUCGGAUUGUUAGAGCACAUAGAAUGAAAGAAACUUUCCGUGUGUUUGUGGUUCUGCCGUUGAUGCCAGCCUUUGAAGGUGAGAUGGGAACCACAGGUGGGACAGCCAUUCAAACCAUCAUGCACUGGAAUGCAGCUUCCAUCUCACAUGGCCCGCAUUCCUUGUUUGGGCGAUUACGAGAGGCUGGGAUUAAGGAUCCCACUGAGUACAUUUGCUUCCAUGGUCUGCGCACUCAUGCUGAGCUGCUUGGCACUCUGGUGACUGAACUGAUCUAUGUCCACUCAAAGCUGAUGAUAGUUGAUGAUCGGCUCGUAAUCUGUGGAUCGGCCAACAUCAAUGAUCGAAGCAUGAUGGGAGUUCGGGACUCUGAAGUUGCUUGCCUGAUCAAGGAUGAAGAUUUCAUACCUUCCAUGAUGGACGGACAUUCCUACCAGGCAGGACGAUAUGCAGGCUCACUUCGCAUGACACUCUUCAAGCAGCAUCUAGGUCUCCUUGAUCCGAGAGAGAGUCGGAAAGUGGACAUCCGGGAUCCCAUCUCGGAUUCCUUCUACAAGGAAAUCUGGCUCAAGAUUGCCUCUACCAACACCUCCAUCUUUGAAAAGGUAUUCUCUGUGUUCCCAACGGAUGACAUCCGGUCAUGGCAAGAGCUGGAGGCUCGCAUGCAGAAGCUCCCCAUGUCAGUCACUGACCCAGGCCAGGCCAAGACUCUCUUGACUAAAAUCCGGGGAUACUUGGUCUUUUAUCCUCUUUUCUUCUUGGAUAAAGAGAAUCUGCUCCCUCAAGUGGGCACCAAGGAACAUCUCCUCCCUACAGCUGUUUUCAUCUAAAUGGCAGGAAACAAAACAAAAACACUCAGAAGAGUAAUUCUCCCUUUGCAGCCAGCAGCCUGUUCCCCUGACACCCACUGUCUUUAUCAUAUGGCAGUACAAAGGCAAAU